AUGGGCUGCUCCUUCUCAACGGUUCUCACCGCCGUCAAUGACAAAAACUCGUUUUUUCCAUCAAAGGCAAUGGUCGUAGCAACUGACGGUUCUCUCCUUGAGUAUACCAGUGGUAUUCGCACCUCCGAGGUUAUCACGGCGGUCGGAAAAACAUACAUGCUCUGCAACUCCGACAAGCUUUAUUUUGACGCCUAUCCGCCUGCGAUGGCACCGGAUGAGGAGCUAGUGUCGGGGCAAAUAUAUUUUCUCCUUCCAGUGGCGGAGCUCAAUCAACUCUUAAGCGCUGCUAAUGUAGCAGCUCUAGCGAUUCGGGCAAGCACGGCCAUGAAGCAAGCAGCAAAGAUGCAGGGGAGAAGGGGCAUAAGGGUGUCGCCGGUGACAGAGAUUUUGGAUGUUGAGCUUGGUAUUAGUGGUAGACGAAAUUUUGAAUUGAAAUUGGCUGAGAAGACAAUAGAGACGAAGAAGAAAUAUAAGAAAGUGGUGGGGGUUAGGUCCAAGAGAUCGAAGGCGUUGAGUACAAUUGAAGAAGUUGAUGAGGAUUGUGUAUGCUGCUGA